CACCUGUGCGAAAAACAUCGAAAAGUCUGACAGCUGUUUCAGUGGGCAUUGCGUCAGAAAAAAAAAGUGCGUCGUAGAACGGAAAAUUCCACCAAAAAAUAAGCAUUUUUAUCACUUUUUUGCAAUUCUUCAUCUUCCCAUUGAUCACCCUAGAGACCGGAGAAAGUAUUUAAAGUGCCAGUUGUGUGAAAUUCAUCUCAAUUCCACGUUAAAUUAGCAAAUUGGAAUUUUUCCAAAAAUUGCCGGUACUUUUCCGCUUUAAACUCCCCCCUUUCGGUAGUGUUUUGUCGAUAUUUUUUUCAAUUGUUUGGUGAAUUUUCUGUGAUUUUUUUUGGGGUCGUGUAGAAGGGAAAAUUACGUUGUGAAUCUUGUGGAUCAAGAGGAAACUAGUUAACAAAAUUAUCUUUUCGUGUGUGUAUGUGUGACUUCUAAAUUGGCCCAUUGCUUGAGACAGCAUUAUUCAUUGGUCCAUCUCGCUCGCACUAUUCGACAUCUUCCGGAGGAGUGAAUUGCGUAGUUUUUUGAGAAGCUUUUGCCAAAAAUUGCCGGUGCAAUUUCACAGGGCAUUAAUCUGUGUUAAAAUCAGCAUGAAUAGGGAUAAGUGGGAAGAGCUGGACCUCACCACAGAUGAGAUAAAAUCUCUGACGGAUGCCCUACAGAAGGAGGAAUUUCGCAAAUUGCUUGUGGAAUACUGCGAAGAGUUGAAUGACCCAGAAAAUAGGAAGAAAUUUGAGGAGGAACUGACCCAAUUGGAAGCUGAACGGGGCAUCGAUAUCACCUUCAUCAAUCCCGAACCGGGAUAUGUGGUGAAAACCACCGUGGAUGGGCAGAUGAAGGGCUUCAUAAAUGUAUGUCAAAGUGGAAAGGUGCAACGUCCCGUGAGUGAAUACAGGGCUACAUCGGGCGAAAGGGGCCUCAAUUGGACCCUGCCCCAUACUCAAGCACCGCCCAGGCGGGAUUUAGACAACAAGGGUGCGGUGUGCAUGGUGUACGAUGUUGUUUUCCAUCCGGAUGCUCUGCAUCUGGCUGGGAAGAAUAGUAGAUUCAGGGAUGUGCUCACGGACACAGCCUGUGAGGCUGUUGAAAGUGCUUUUAGUGUAAAACUCGAUCGGACUAAUGUGAAAUACCCCAAAAUUGCAUUCAAAGGGACACCCAAGCCCACAGUGAUUAGGCGUAAGAGUGAUAAUGCCCCUGUUUGUGAACCCAGUCCCAUUGAUGCUAUUUACCCACCCCUUAAGCCCCAAAAUGGGCCAUCCCAAGUGCGUGUUGUGCCUCAGAGUCCCAAACCCGGUGCCUAUGCCACACCCAAGUACACCAUCAUCCACCGGAAAGAUGUGGACUACCAGGAGUUCACCAAUGAACUCGAUGCCAAGAUCAAUGCCACAGUGCCCAAGGAAUUGGUCAUUGUGGUGGAUCUGCCACUCCUCAAGUCCACCGAGAAUGUCAGUCUUGAUGUCACCAAGCGUCGUGUUGUUCUGGUGAGCGAGCGUCCAGCAAAGUACAAACUCGACAUUCAGCUGCCCUAUGAAGUGGCCGAAUGUCAGGGUGGGGCAAAAUUUGAUGCCAGCACCAGGCGAUUAUCGAUCACCCUGCCCGUUGUCAAGGAGCACCAUUUGCAGCUGAUUGACGUCACGCGGCAAGACAGUGGAGUGGAAUCAAUGCCACAGAGUCCAGCUGUCUCUCCCACUGGCUCCAAUUCCGACUUCGAUGAGGUAUUCGAGGAGAAAUUCCUCGAUGACACCAUCAGUUACACCCUUCCCAGCUUCACCUGUAACACCCUGGACGACAUCGUAGCCUUCACUCUCAAUAUCAAAAAUGUCGAUCCCACUUCCAUCAUCACAAAGCAAGAGGACACCCUUCUCCGUGUAAAGUUCUCUUCCAUUGGCGGAGGAUUCUAUCCCUCUCAUCAUUCAUUCUCCGUAAAAUUCCCCGCUGGCCGAAUAACAGAAUCCUCCGCCGAGGCCUGGGAUAACAACUUGGUGCUUCAGUGUGAAAUGGAAGAUCUCCAGGCAUGUGACCACUACGAUGUAGGCCUCUAUCUCGAUAAUCUAAAAACCUACCCUCUGAAAUUCUCCACAAAUUCCCUAGCGCCUAAACCACCAAUUGAGGAUGAUAGUCUUCGGAUAGAAGUGAAUUCCCUGGCCACUGAUGAAGUGGAAAUUACCGUAGAUCCACCAGAAUGUUCAAGUGAUUCUCAACUUCCUGAAAAAAUCCCCCAAAUCCCCGAAAAUUCUUCCGAAAAGAAGGGCAAAAAGAAAAAUCGCAAACCACGUUCACUGUCGGAAUCAUCUUGCGAUAAAAUCGCCAACAAGGACACUUCGGAAGCCCUAGAGGCAGAGAGAUCUGUCAGGAAGUCUCGCAGCAUGUCUGAGUCUAGUGGUGAUGAACAGAAUAGUCCACGAUUCCGUUUUAAGGGUAUCCUCAAGAGAAGCUGCAGCUACAAUCCCAGUACUUCGAGUUCCAUCGAUGAUCACUUCUCGGUGUCCGUGGAUUUGGGUGUAGGCUCUUUCGAUGGCAUCCCAGAGGAGCAGGAGUUGUCCGAGAGCUGCAAGAAAACCGUCCGAUUCAGUGACGUCAUUCGGAAGCAGUUGUUCAGGUCAAACUCGAGUAUUCUUGGCAGGAGGUUGAAAAACAUGAAGAAGAGAGCUAAGAAACGCGCCCAGGAGAAUCGCCGGAUGAGCGAGAGUGAAAAUUCUGAGUGUGAAGAGAAGGACAAACCAUCUAACUCUUCUAUGCAGCGUCGUGAUAGUGGAGUUGAAAUGUGCGAUGGGUCAACAAAGGUGAAGUUUCAGGGGAAGAAAGGUGGACAACCGAAGAAAAAAUGCGAUAACACUGCCGAUUUAGAAUUCAAGAGUGGUAUGAUUUUCAAUCUGGAAAUGUGAGACUUUGUUGUGAUAAGAAUCAUUGAUUAAAUCAAUAUUUAACUUUGUCUCUCGUUUUACACGAGAAAUUUUCUAUUGAGUUUCGAAAAGGUAUAUAUACAAUAUUGAUUGGAGGAGAACAAAAAGAAGAAAAAGUGAACAAUUUUUAAUGCAAGUUUCACAAAUUUUUAUUCUCUUAUACACUAUUUUACUCAAUUUUACUUAGUAAAUUUGCUAACAGUAGGAAUAAUAGGAGCUGAAGAAAAAUAAAUCGCACUAUUAUUAUUUUAGUCUGAGCUCUGCAAAAAAAGGGCUACAAGGAAAAAGAAACAAACGAAAAUAUUUUAUGGGCAGAAUAAUUUCAAUUGGGAAAGAAUAACGUAUUUGAUAGAAACUUUCCUAUUUCGCAUGAGAUAUUUUUCUGCCCAAUUUUAUUGUAGUGCUAAUCACGAAAACGAGAAAAAAACUAUCUUCAACAAUAUUUCUAUUAUUAUCUGUUUGUCUAACGAAAAAAACAAUAUUACAAAGUAAGAUUCGCAUGAAGAAUUGUUGAGUCAGAAAAAAAAGAGUAGAAUUUGUAGUCUUGUAAGGUAGUCACAGCAGCAAGUGUAUCUCAAAUAAUAAAAAAAAAAGAGUUUUCAACUGAA